GAACGCUGAGGUGCCGUGGAGCGGCCUCGGGCAGGAACCAUCCCUGCACCCGCAGAGGCCACAGUAGCCGCUGUCUGGCCCCAAGAGACGUUUGCUGACCUUUGCUCCAGGACGGAACUAGAACUAAGAUGGCCCGGGGGUGACUCUUCUCUACUAAAUACCGAAUUCUUGUCCAGCGUGGUUGUGGCCAAGUCGGGUAGUUUACACGCCCACCAGCAGCACCCCCAGCAUUCCUGCCAGCAAUUAUACACAUUAUUGAAAAAUUAAUUUACUACUCAACAUGGAAAAUCAUGAACCAGGUGAUACUGCCAAAGAAAACUUAAUUUUCAUUAUAGCCAGAAAAAUUAACCAACUUCCAGAAGCAGACAGGAAUCUACUUGAACAUGGGUCAACGUAUGUUGGAAUUAACGCAGCUCUCUGUGGACUAAUAGCAAAUAGUCUUUUCCGGCGUGUCUUACAUGUGACACAGGCUCGUAUAGCAUCUGGCUUACCGAUGGCAGUGAUCCCAUUUCUGACAGCGGAUUUAUCUUACAGAGGUUUUGUAAAUUUACCUUUGAAUACAGGUGACUUGAAUUGUGAAACUUGUACCGUAACACGGGGAGGAUUGGUUGGUCUUGCUUUGGGUGGUCUUUACCCUGUUUUCUUGGCUAUUCCUGUGAAUGGAGGCCUAGCAGCCAGGUAUAACUCAGCUCUGCUACCAGAGAAAGGAAACAUCUUAAAUUACUGGAUUAGAAUUUCUAAACCUGUCUUUAGAAAGAUGCUGUUUCCCAUUUUGCUUCAGACUGUGUUUACUGCAUACCUUGGGUCUAGACAGUAUAAAUUACUUAUAAAGGCUCUCCAGUUGCCUGAAACUGGUCUAGAAAUUCAAUGAGUGUUAAGCAAAUGUGUAUGCAAAAUAAAAUUGUGCAAUGAAG